GGGUUAUUACAAUACAAACUAACCCUAAAGUAGUAUUAUCCUUGUAUUUCCACCACUUUCUCAUUUUCCGGAUCUCAUCGGAACAAUUGAGAAGUAGGAAGAUUCGACAAAUCGAGUUUCAAAAGCCCCUUUCUCAAUCUCCCCAUACCCUCGCUCCAGAAUUUUUGUCGUUGAUUCGUGCUAAACCCUAAUUAAAGGAUCACCUCCUCCUCUGAAUCACAGACUUCAUGGCGACUGCUGCGUUCCUCAGGUCUCUUCGUCGGCGAGACAUCUCAUCUGCUCCUCUCUCCGCCUUCAAAUCUGUUCUGUAUACCAAAUAUCAGUCUUCGGCAUUUUCUGCUUGUGGAUUGAACAACCCAAUACAUCAUUCAAACCUAGUUCAGAAACCUGGUAAUUCGUUUGGGGUUCAUAGCAUUCGCGCAUACAGUUUGUUGAGUUUGAAUGAUCUUAGGGACAAUAAAGGUGCUACAAAACAGAAAACAAGAAAGGGCCGUGGAAUCGGAUCUGGAAAGGGUAAGACCGCAGGCAGGGGUCAUAAGGGACAGAAGGCUAGAGGGACUCAUAAGUUUGGUUUUGAAGGUGGCCAAACUCCUUUGAGGCGUAGAAUGCCCAAGCGGGGUUUUAAGAACCCUUUUAGCCUUGAAUUUCAGCCAGUUGGUUUGGGAAAGAUUGCAAGGUUGAUCAAUGCUGGGAAGAUUGAUUCUUCAGAAUUGAUCACAAUGAAAACCCUAAAGGAUACAGGGGCGAUAGGAAAGCAAAUAAGAGAUGGAGUGAGGUUGAUGGGACGUGGUGCCGAACAUAUAGAGUGGCCAAUUCAUCUUGAGGUUUCAAGGGCGACUGUUCGUGCAAAAGAAGCAGUUGAAGCAGCUGGUGGGACUGUGAGAAAAGUGUAUUAUAAUAACCUAGGGUUUCGUGCUCUGCUAAAACCAGAGUGGUUCGAGAAGAAGGGGAGACUGCUUCCGAAAGCAGCAAGACCUCCACCAAAGCAGAUGGACAAAGUUGACAGCAUUGGCCGUUUGCCAGCUCCAACAAAGCCAAUCCCCUUUGCUUGAUUACCCUUUUUUUCAGUUUCUUUAGAAUCCCUCCUCUCCAGGCAUCAACAUGCUAACAAAUUGAAUUUGAUGUUUAUUUUCAUGAAAUUGUAUUGGAUGUUGAUAAUGAGUUCUAAUUGGUUAUAAGGAGUUGUCGUGGGCCUUAAUAGAUACAAAGCUUCAAAUG